AUGUCACGUACCGCCAUACCACGCGUAGUACUACGUAUUAGCUCAAGAAGCCCGUUGUGCGCCUCUUCGAGGGUAAUUGAGGCGCCUAGCCGUAGAAUUCCUCUUUUGCGCCCAACACCACAAUGCUCUUCUCAUACCGCUCGGAGCUUUUCAGUGAGCACACACCUACAAAAGAAGGCCGGUAAAGCGAAUAAAACCCGUGCGAGAACCGACUCAGCUCCGCCUGUGACCAACCCGGGGCCCCGCACACCUACCGAUGAAGCCUACGAUAUCUCGGGGCUCGAGGCACGGAUCCUCAGGGCCCUGGAGAAGCUCACGCAUGAUCUUAGUCAGCUGCGCGGUGGAGGAAGGAUGAACCCGGAUAUCGUGGAGAGCUUGAAGGUGCAAUUAGGCACGGCAGGACACGGCAAAGAGAGUGUGAGACUGGGAGAUAUCGCACAAGUCGUCCCGAGAGGGAGAGUGCUGAACGUCAUUUGUGGAGAAGAAGCGCACAUCAAGCCCAUCAGCACCGCGAUCGCAGCUUCACCGCACUCGCUCACGCCUCUUACACCCGAGCCCACCAACCCUCUCACGAUCCAAGUCCCGCUACCACCUCCAACCGGAGAAUCACGUCGCAUGGCCGUGGCGGAAGCCGUUAAAGCCUCGGAGCGCGCAGACAAAGAUAUACAAAAGGAGCGACAGGACCACAACAAGAGGUUGAGGAACUUUGAGCUCAACCGCUCCGUGCUGCCAGAUGAUCUUCAAAAGGCGAAGAAGCAGAUGGAAGAGGUGGUGAAGAACGGACACGAAGAGGUUAAGCGCAUCAGUGACGGCGCGAAGAGGGUGCUUGAGAGUCAGUAA